AUGGGCGUCUCAGUGAAUGCAUGGACAGCUGGACCAGCAAAUAGCGCCCGUAUCGUUCCGUUCCGGGCAGGCCCCUGCCGCGUCCAUCGUUCUCAGCGACCACAGCGAGCAUGUGUGACUACCUUUCCCGAGACAGAGCGGCGCUUGAGGCAGCGAGCGUGUGCGACAGUUAGUACCGACGCGGAUGUGGCCAGCACUUCCGAGAAGUCGCUGGAUCAGCUUCCCGACGACAUCCACCUCUACAAGGACCUGCGCGACUCCAUUGCCACCCUAGACCUGCACGAAGAUGAUGUAGAUGCAGCGGAUAGUCUGGAGGGGGUCUGGCGAUUCCUGCCCGGCCCGGUGCGCACCUUUGUGCGAGCCCUGAGCCCCAGGCUACGGGGCCUGCUGCUGUGCAAUCUCCUGGUGUUGGUCGUCGCCACGAACUGGGUGGUGGUCAAGGACGUCGGCGAGAGCUUCGACCCCUUCACCUUUGCCCUGCUCCGGUUUUCGGUGGCUGCGGCGGCCUUUUCCCCCUUUCUGUCCACCGCGCUCAAGGACCGCACCAUCCUACGCGCCGGCUGCGAGCUGGGCGUCUUCAUGGCGGCGGGGUACCUGGCCCAGAGCCAGGGUCUGGCCUCCACCGACGCGUCGCGCGCCUCCUUCCUCUCCACAUUCACCGUGCUGGUGGUGCCCUUCCUGGCGGGACUGUCUGGCAGCAGGGUGCGCCCCGUCACCUGGGCGGCCGCCGCACUUUCGCUGGUGGGCGUGGGCCUGCUAGAGCAGUCGGGCCGCCCGCCCUCUGUGGGCGACAUCUGGAGCUUCGUGUCUGCGGUCGCCUUUGGCAUCCAGAUUUUCCGCACCGAGCACUGGUCCCGUCGCCUGGGCGCCGACUCCAGCCUCCCUCUCAUGUCGGUCGUGCUGACCACGACUAUGGCGGCGUCAGCAGGCGCCGUCGCCAUCUUGCACCCUGAGUACCUCUCCUCCUUGCUGCAUCAUCCGCUGCUAACCAGCCUGCAGUCCUGGGGCAGCAUCACACUGCCCUGGCGGGAGGCGCUGUACACCGGCCUGUUCACCACCGACGCGGUGCUGCUGAUGGAGGUUUUUGCGCUCAAGGACGUGUCCUCCACCGACGCCGCCAUCGUGUACACACUGGAGCCCGUGCUGGGCGCCGCCCUGGCGUUCGCUUUCCUGGGCGAGCGCUGGACGCCGCGCGGCUGGGUGGGCGCGGCCCUCAUCGUGGGCUCCAGCGUCUUCUCCCAGGUCGCCAACAGCAAGGGCAAGGAGGAGUGA